AAUCAUAGUCAGCAACAACACUCUAGACAAACAAUCCUAACGAAAGAAGCUAACCCUGAUUCACCAGGCUCUACAAUCAGUGAAACAUCAACUACUGCACCUUCACAACCAGCGCCAAAUCCUUCAUUAGGUGGUGCUGUUGGUCCAGUACCAACUCAAACUAGUAAAUUAUCAGAGGAAGAGCAGGCUCUUAUACUCAAACUCCAGGAUACUUACAAAACAAUAAUUAGAUUGGAGACUGAUUUACAAAGAAAAUGUCAAAGUUUGAAUUUACCACAAAGAUUAGAUAUGACUGAACUUUGGGAUAUUUACAAUACAAAUAUCACUUUAUUAAAUUCUUAUUAUGAUUUCUUAUUAUAUUCCCUAAGUUCUGGAAGAUCUGGGAAACAAAUUGUUCAAGUUUAUAGAAUCCCAAGAAGAUUAUGGGUUUAUGGUAUUGUUACAUUUUUAGAUGUUUUGAAAAAUGUUGUUUCGAUCUUCAUUGAACAUGAUAUUUGCUCAAGUUUCAUUGGUUAUUCAUUCAAUAUUUUAAGUGGAUUAACAGAUUUAGAAAUGGAAGGUUGGGUUAGUGAAAAGCUGGGAGAUUUAUCAAGAAUGGCAAUUGCAUUAUACCCUUCACGUUAUAUUGAUUGGAAAAUCAGCUCUGAAUUUUGGUAUACUACAGCUUUGAAAACUCAAUAUGGAUUUGGAAAAAUCUACUAUCAUAUAGCCACAGUGCAGCAAGAUAAUCUAGAUGCAUUGGUUAAUAUUGGUAAGAGUGUUUUUUGUCGUGAUACUUUUGUUCCAACUCCUCAAUAUAUGAGAAUGGUUAUUGAUAAUAUUAAUCAAAGAAAUUUUGUUGAUUUACCAGUUGUGGAUUUUAUUAAAGUUCAUAAAAUCUUGUUAUCAUCUGAAUUUAACAGUGAUCUGGAAUUGAUUAAACUUGUUAGUUAUUAUUCCCAAAAUAUUGGUAUUGAUAAUAAUAAAGUUGAUUUUUUUGUUAGAACUAAGGGAGUUGUCAAUGAACAUAUUGAAAGUCCAGGCUAUAAUCAAGACAAUGACUAUGAAAAUAAAUUGAAUUUUUGGUUCCAAAGAAGUUCAUCAUUCGCAUUAGUUAAUAUUUGUCAGGUUGUUGGGUUUGGAAAUUCUGCUAAUCCAUUUGCUAGACUUUUCGGUCUGGUUGAAGCUUUAAAGGAAAGAAAAGAUCGUAAAGAAAAGAAAGAUAAACGUAAAAAGAGUGUUUCAAAUGGAGAUCAGCAACAAGAUCAAGCCAAUGGAACUAGGUCGAUUGAUAUUGAUAGUGAAGAUUCAAUUUCAUCCAAAGACUUAUCAGUUGAAGAAUGGUUCCAAGCUAGUGAUUAUAUCAAUAAAAAUGCAUUAGAGUUGGCAAUGAGAAUGUUUGCAAACUAUUUGAACGGUCCAAUCAUCACAUCCACCCCACAUGUCAUUACAUAUCUUUACUUUAUCAUUUCCAUUGGUGAAGCAUUAAGAGAAACCCCAACAGCUGCCUCAUUUUUUGAAUUUUUAUUGCAUGCGAUACUACCUAGAAAACCAUUAGUUGUUUAUUUGAAUGAGGUUUUAGAUCAUGUUAGAAAACACAAGCCUGAAAUUAUUGAUAAAUUGGAAGAAUUAAGACCAUCAAUCAUGAGUGAAGGGAAUUUCAUCAAUUAUUUCAACAAAAAUGAGAAUUUGACUGAGGUUUGGAAAUGUUGGGGUACUCUAUGGUAUGAUCAAAUUCAAAUCAAAGAAGAUUUCGCUAAUUUCAGAGAUGCGGGUAUUCAAAGAGAUGAUUUUUUGGAUGUUCCAAUUGGAGGUGUACGUUACAAUAAAGAGUUGAAUAACGACAGAUAUACCAGAAUUUUAUUAUUAGCUUCAUACAUUGCAGAUGAGUUCAAUUUUGGUUUGAAAAGAGGUGUUGAUGGUUUCCAAUUUGCUGAAUAUGCAUUUGAAAAUACUAUUUUACGGUCAGAUGUUAUAAAAGGUACUGUUCAUAAUUUCUUGAGAGAUUCAAGAAUCCAAGGGUUAAAUUCACCAAUUCCAGAAACUUUGCUUUAUGAAAAAUCGUCGUCUGCUAAUAUAACUUCAGAUGUUAUUAGCUGGUUAAGAUCCAAGAGCUCAAGUGCCAGAACUUCGAAUGAUUCAAAUCAAAGUGGUGGUAUUUCAUACGUUACAGAUGCUGAUAAUGAAGCAGAUUAUGAUGAAGAAGAGGAUGAUCGGGAACAGUUGUUGAGUAAUCAAAUUGGUGAUGACAAUAGAGUACUAGGUAACAUUGGCAUUGGAAUGGAUUCUUCAUUAAGUUUCUUUGUUUUAGAUACAAACAUGUGGUUAAAACAUUGUGGUAAAAUCUUCAAAUCUGUGAGAAGCCACAUCUUUAGACUUGCAGUUCCUCUUGUUGUUUUCCAAGAAUUGAGAUCUUUGAGACGUUCACCAGAUGGUAACAUUGCAGAUGCUGCCGUUAGAGCAGUUAUUACAGUAAGACAAUUAGCUUCAGAAGGUUGUGUAUUAGCUUUGAAGUUGAAUGGUACUGAAGCACCUUCAUUGAAUGACAUUAAAGAUUUUGAAAACAAUUCAACUUGGAUGAAUAGUAUUGAUGAUAGUAUUAUUGAGUCUUCAAGAUUAUUGGAUAUUAAUGCAAAUAAUUUGAACCGUGCAAAAAAUGCAGAAGCUGGAAAUAACACAAACACAACCAUCAGUUUUUCAAUAUUGGUCACUGAAGACAGAAACAUGAGACUUAAAGCAAGAACUAAACUGGUACCAGCUUAUCAAGCGAAAUGGUUUUUCCAAAUCCUGGAGAAAGUGUCAAAUGGGAGAUGUAAUGAUUGA